AUGCCUUUCCUCUUCAGCAAGUCUCGGAGUUCAGCACUUGCUGACCUUAAAGAUGAUUCUUUGACACAAAAAUUCCUCGCCAGCUCACGAUCUACUUCCUCGCGAUCCUCAAGACGAGACUACUCCAUGGGUCCCUGUCACUCGAUCAAGCAAGACGAAAAGAACAUGUACAACCCCUUCAACCCGUACCAUAGCCCCUCUGGAGGCCGCUCGAAUAUGCCACAUUACCAGCGUGACGACAGGAACAGCAUAUGGAGCCCACCGCCAUACACCCCAUCCGCUCCGAAGGAGAGCACGGUGGCUACUCCAGCGCGCAACAGUGGUGAUUCGGCAUACGCAUUUCUCAGAGAAUUCGACACGGUUUUCGUGGUCGAUGACAGCUUGAGUAUGCGAGGACAGCGUUGGAAAGAAGCCGAGGAGGCGAUCGCUGCCAUUACACCCAUCUGCACUCAGCAUGACCCCGACGGGAUCGAUAUCUACUUCUUGAACCACCGCAACACGGGCAUCAACGCCGUCAACGGGGGCUACGCCAACGUUACCACGGCAGGAGCAGUGCAAGAAAUCUUCAAACGGGUCCAGCCGGCUGGCGCAACGCCCUUUGGAAAUCGUCUCCAUCAGAUUUUGAAUCCAUACCUGCGACGUGUCGAAGCGAUGGCAGCUGCCACGGACGAGGACGGUGGACUUCGGAAUCCUGCUCUCCACGUCCGUCCUCUCAACAUCAUCGCCAUCACCGACGGAGCGUUCACUGAUGACGCGGAGAGUGUCAUUGUGCGGGUGGCCAGGCGACUUGACAGCGACAAGUGCAAAGCGCUGCCUUGGCAGGUGGGGAUCCAAUUCUUCCAAGUCGGCGACGAUUUGGAAGCGCGCAGACACCUCGAGGAGCUGGAUGAUGAGUUGUCGAACAAGGUGCGGAAUGAGCACAUCCGGGAUAUUGUCGACACCGUUCCCUGGAGAGGGGAGAGUGGCCAGACGCUGAGCGGAGAUGGAAUCCUGAAGGUCGUCCUUGGUGCGGUCAAUAAAAAGCUCGAUCGACGGAGGGCGUUUGAAUGA